ACUUCAAUACUGUGUUUGAAACAAGACAUUUGCAAAUCGCUUUAAUAUUAUAAGGUCUUCAGUUACAAAAAAAUGUUUCGUUUAAAAAACAGUUGGUUAUACCAGAGGUCUCUGGUUAUACGUUGGACAAGACACCAGCAAACUACUGUUUAAAACAUUACCUUCACUGUGUGAUUUCUUAUCUUUAAGGUAAAUACAAAUGUUUUGAUACAAUUCAAUUUUUACCAGAAUAUUUUGAUAGAAAUAUAGCAAUAACUAUUUCAAUAGAAAUAAUUUAAAGUUAUACAUAUUUCAUUUAUUUUAGCGCUGAUUUCUCCUUUCAUAGUGUUAUACAUAUUUUAUUUAUUUUAGCUCUCAUUUCUCCUUUCAGUAUUCACUAUGGCGAGGUCAUACAGUUGUGCGGUGUGCAAUUAAAGGGUUAAACCAGGUGAUAGACGACCUAUAACAACUAAAGCGCUCAAACAUAAAGUGAGCACAAUUAUUGUCAGGAACAUUACGCCAGAGGAUAGACUAUGUAUUAAAUGUAGAAUACAAUUAAGCAAAUCUCCAGUCUCAGUGACCGUCAUUUCCACCCAGCCCACCGGACAGAUAGAAAAGUCAUUUUUCAGCCCGCAGAAUAUCCAGUUAAAAGUCUUAUCAACACCAAGAAACAAAACACGUUGUGUUAUCUGCAAAAAAAAAAAAAAAAAAGUUGGUAUGUGUUGGCCAGCCUGCUGUGUCCCAGGCAUUCUUAGCAAAGGGUGUUUACAUAAAUAAGAAAAGUCGUUGUUGUAAGGAACAUCUGAAACGGACUUAUUUCACAACUGAGGCCUUGUCAACUUUGUCAUCCACAAAAAAACUGUGAAUUUUUUUCAAGGUCAGAUAUUGUUGAUUUACUUGAUGGAAUUCGAAGCCAGGUGAAUAACAAUGGCGUUUUUAAUUUUGAUAUACCGUCAUCACUGUCAGAUAAGCAAUACCGGGAGAUUACAGGUCUAACGAUGGAGCAGUUUGACGACUUCACAACAUUUGCUAAAUCACUGAAGAACACAGCAACUAGGUCCAUCAGAACCUGUCUAGCAGUGUUUUUAGCAAAAAUGAAGACCGGACUGCCAAACAGCAUCUUAGCUACCAUUUUCAAUCUCAAUAUCAGCCAGAUACAACGAAUAAUACCUUCUGUACGAACGUGCCUGAUGACUUCCUUGGUACCGCAACAUUUGGGAUUUGGCCACAUAGAACACGAUGCGUUCGUUGAAAAACACACCACUCCCAUAGCAAAGGAACUGUUUACAUCGGCCAACAAUGAGGCCGUUUUCAUCCUGGAUGGAACAUACCUGUAUAUACAGAAAAGUGCAAACUACCUUUUUCAAAGGCAGUCAUACAGCUUACACAAGAAUAGAUCCCUUGUAAAACCUAUGAUGGUCGUGGCAUCUGAUGGAUACAUACUUAGUGUUCUUGGUCCAUACCUUGCUGAUUAUGGUAACAACGAUGCUAACAUAACAAAACACGUCCUCAACAACAACCUAGAGGCGAUCAGGUCUUGGUUAAGGAAAGAGGAUGUUUUCAUUGUUGAUCGUGGGUUUCGGGAUGCUGUUGAAUAUUUGGAAAGCAUUGGCCUGAAAGUUGAGAUGCCAACCUAUUUGGCAAAAGGAAAGAAGCAGCAUACAACAGAGGAAGCCAAUCUGUCCCGUCUAGUGACGAAAGUUCGAUGGGUGGUAGAAAGUGUUAAUGGCAGGUUAAAGCAAUUUAGGCUGUUUGAUAAAGUUAUGCCAAACACUUUCGUCCCACACAUUGGGGACCUUGUAAAAAUCGUCUGUGCGGUUUUGAACCGAUACCGGAGGCCAAUAGCCAGCAUGAACCCGGACACUCAAGAUGUGGCAAAGGCAAUGCUCGAGAGAUCGGCAAGAUGCAACCAAGUGCAGACUCUGGUAGAGGAAAACAACUUGAUGACAAAACGAACCUGUUAUCAACCUGUAGAUGGAAAGGACACUGCAGAGUUGGCAAACUUCCCCCGGGUCACACUAGACAAUCUGAGAGACAUCACAAUGGGUGUUUAUCAGGUCAAACAGGCUCGAUCGUAUACGAAGGAUCACUUAGAAAAUGAAGGGUAUGAAAUGAUGAUCUGCCGUGAAUUACCAGAAUUACUGAGAGUCAAAAUCCAGUCCCGCCACUCCAAGAAUACCUCACACACACUUUGGGUGAAGUACUCGUCAGAAUCUGGAGAAAUUCUUGGAUGGUAUUGUACGUGCAAGGUUGGGGCACGUGUUGUGGGAUGCUGCGCCCAUGUAGCCAGUGUUCUGUGGUACCUGGGCUACAAGAGACACACAGAGGAAGAUAGUAUGGCGAAGGACAGUUUGACAUCCACGUUUUUAAAUGCAGCAACUUCUUCGGGGACAUAUUCAGCUAAUGAUCCCCUAGAAGAAUGAACUUUCUCUGUCAUUUCUGUUUUGGUGUUAAACAUCUAAUUGUUAACACAAUGCAUUAUAUCAUAUGUUGUUUGUGAUAUGAUAAUGAUGAUAGGUGUUUAAAGUGUAUUUACAGUAUGAAUACAAAGCUUAAUGUAAAAGUAUUGUUAAGUAUUAUUUAAAGCAUAUUUACAAUAUAGACACAAAUUCUUAUUUGAAAACCACUUAAUGAAAAACAUCAUCUUUGAUUAAUGAAAAGGAUAAUAACUUAUUUCAGCAGUUUAUAAGAAUCCAAAAUAAUAAUGUACAUAUUCGGCUGUAAAACACAACUUAAUUAUCGUUCUUUGUGAUUACUAAAACAUCACUGUUCUGUAGUUACAUUGGCUAUAUGUAAGUAGCAAGUAGAACAUCAGACUACAAUUUUUCAGUGGUUUUCCCAGAAAAUAACGUUGGUAUUUUGUUGAGAUGUUUAAUUCUUUUUUAAUUAGAGUAAUGACAUACAUGUAAAACCAGAAAUCGAUUUUGAGAUAUUUAUAUAUGCUUCUGUAUCAAUGAAAUGAUAGAAAAUCACUAGUCAUGUCGUGAUUCAUGUAAAUAAGAUAACUGUAGAAUGGUUGCUAUGUGACUACAAUUGGUUGCUAUGGGAUAUUUAAACAAAAGAAAACUUUACCUUAAAAAAAGCAUACAGGGUUUUCGGUUAGAAAUUCACAAUUUAUCACUAUCAAUCUUUUAGUUGUGUCAAAAUGCUUCAAUAAUUGAUUUUAUUGCUGAAAAAAUGUGUUUUUACAUGUUGGUUGCUAAGGGUUGUUGCUAAGCAACAGAAUGUUUGAUUGUAUAAUUAUCUUCAUUUUCAUAAAUUUGGAUACCAGCUCUAUGUUAUAUGUUAUUGUUAUCCUUAUUGGUGGCGGGGCCAAAAAUGGCCCAUAGUGCAU